CUGGUUCUGGAUGCGGGGGCGGGAGACGUAUCAGGUCCCACGAUCGAAAAAUGAAAGCCGGACUGGCCUUGUUAUCGUCUACCUUCAAUUACAAUCUCUCUGCUUCUAUUUGUCAACUGAAAACCAGCGUCACUUCCUUCUUUCCCUUGUUCCGCUCAAAUAUUCUCUUCAAUUAUCCCUCUGCUUUGAGGGCCAAACGCAAUACCAGCAGCAAUAAUCUCUCGAGGUCGAUCAGAACCGUAUCUGCAAAAAUGGCGUCUGAUUACAAGCCUGAGCAAGCUAGGGUUCCUCCUGCGCUUCCUUUGCCUGUCCUUCCUGUAACCAAGUUCAAGAUUGCUCUUUGCCAACUGGCUGUGACUGCUGAUAAGGAGAGGAACAUUGCUCAUGCUCGCAGCGCAAUUGAGGAGGCUGCUGAAAAGGGUGCUCAACUUGUUCUCUUGCCUGAAAUAUGGAAUAGUCCAUAUUCAAAUGAUAGCUUUCCAAUAUAUGCGGAAGAUAUUGAUGCUGGUGGUGAUGCAUCUCCUUCAACUGCAAUGCUGUCUGAGGUAGCUCACCGUCUGAAGAUCACAAUAGUUGGUGGCUCCAUACCAGAACGUUAUUGUGAUAGGUUGUAUAAUACCUGUUGUGUCUUUGGUACAGAUGGGAAACUGAGGGCUAAACACAGAAAAAUACAUCUAUUUGACAUUGAUAUCCCUGGGAAGAUUACAUUUAAGGAAUCAAAGACUCUCACAGCAGGAGAGAACCCUACCAUUGUGGACACAGAUGUAGGACGUAUUGGUAUCGGUAUUUGUUAUGAUAUUCGAUUCCAAGAGCUAGCAAUGUUGUAUGCAGCAAGGGGGGCUCACUUGCUAUGCUAUCCUGGAGCAUUCAACAUGACCACUGGUCCCCUGCAUUGGGAGUUGUUGCAAAGGGCAAGGGCUGUUGAUAAUCAGUUAUAUGUGGCUACUUGUUCACCUGCUCGAGAUGCUGGUGCUGGGUAUGUUGCAUGGGGCCACUCCACCCUUGUUGGACCAUUUGGUGAAGUACUUGCAACUACGGAACAUGAUGAAGCUGUAGUCAUAGCAGAGGUUGAUUAUUCAUUUAUUGAGCUCAGAAGAACAAACCUUCCACUUGAGAAGCAAAAGCGUGGUGAUCUCUACCAGUUAGUAGACGUCCAGAGGCUGAAUUUGCAAUCGACAAGGUAAGGAAAUUUCAGAAACUAUGGCUCAGUUUGGGAGGAGCACAAAUACAAAUAUGUAGAGUACAAAACUUUGUAUUUUGUAUUAUUUUACAUGUAUUUUCACUGUACAUAUUUGUUUUUGUACUUCUAAACUGAGCCUAAGGUAUUAUGUGGUGGGUUGGAUUUUGAUGAGAAAGGAUGCUCACAUUUUUUGUGCUUAUCCAGAAAUAAGAGUAGUUAUUGGGCUUUAGACAUUUUCACAAGAAUCUUGAAA